CGACGAGCAGAGCGAAGAGGAGGAGGCUACCAGCGGAGGGGGGUAGCCGAUUCCCGGAGAGGAUUUUCUGUUCACGUUGUCCGUAUCAUCAAGUCGUGACGGCGGCGAACGGAAACAAAGAUAAAAGCACCAUAAAACAUGGUGCCCACUCCCGGAGAAGAUCUUCCGUCGGGCCUGUGAGUGUCGGCAGGUUUCCAACCGCCGCCUCUUCGGGGGAUUCUGCUGUCUGAGUCCGACCUGACCCGCGACACGGCCAGGCGAUGACAGCGGCAACAGCCACUCCGCAGGUGAUGAGAGACCGGCUUCUACAGGCCAUCGACGGCCAGAGCAAUAUAUGCAACAUGGUGGUAGUUAUGGAGGUAAUCUCUUUUUUGGAGAAAUAUCCUAUCACCAAAGAGGCACUGGAGGAAACCCGUCUUGGCAAGCUCAUCAAUGAUGUCCGGAAAAAAACCAAGAAUGACGAUCUUGCAAAAAGGGCCAAGAAGCUCCUGCGAAACUGGCAGAAGCUGAUUGAGCCAGAUAAAGCUGAGGCGUUGUCCAAAGGACACAUCAGUGCGUCGUGGUCUUCCAAUGGUGGCGCUCAUCCCUGCAUCUCCGCUCCAGCUGCCACCCCGCCAUCAGGUAAAACAGGGUCAGAGUUGAAGAACAGAAAUGACUUCAACAACUGCUACUCCUUGAGGGUGGAAAAACUGAGCAAUAGGAAACGUAAGGGUGACCAGAAGGAAGGACAGCUCUUGCCAGCCAAGAUAUCCAAAUCAGCUCUAAAUGAUAAAAUACAAAACUCCAAACAGCUGUCAAUCAAUGGAAUUGGCGGUAGCUCUGAAAUAUUUACAGAUGCACGUGCACAUUUAGACAAGCCUUUAGACAAGGAGAUUUCUGAGCCUUUGGACAAUGACAGGGUAAAUAAAAUACCUGUCAAUGCUGUAAAACCUCAUCCAAGUGCCCCAGGAAACUGCAAGUCUCCUAGCACUUCUUCUUUGCUAAAAGCAUCAGUUCUGCAGAAGCAAGCCAGACAGGAGCAAGCUGCCUCCGGGGGGCAGAGUGGACCCAGAAACCCACGUGGUUCCUUGCACAGUCCUCAAACUCUAAAGCAGGAAGCUGGUGUCAAACAACCUGCAGCACAAGCACAGAGUCUUUCUAGCCCCACUGUGAGCUCUGGGUCUGUGGACACCUCUGGGCUAGGCCCUUCGCCUCAGACUUUCAGUGUCUGUGUUCAGGGUUUGCACACUAGCGGUUCAUGGUCUGUUGAAUUGGACUCUAAAAACAGGCCUCCCAAUACAUCUCCUCACAACUCCUAUACCUCUUCCUGCAAUGAUGGGAUCAGUUUGCAAGAUGAUGGUGUUGUUAGCAAUACAGGGAAAAGGAAAGGACAGAAAUACAAGUCUAAGGACUGUGUGGUAAAGUUAGAUGGACAGACUGUAGAAGACAGCACUAAACCAGUCAGGUUAAAAGACAGGAGACUGACAUUUGACCCUGUAACAGGACAGAUCAAACCCUCCUUUCAUAAGGAGUCUUGCCAGGAGGGGGAGGUCAGACUGAGCCACAAACCUGAAUCUCAGUGGUCAGAACAGCCGAAGCAAAAUCCACCAGUUUCUCCCAGUCCCUUCCAGCAAACGGACUGGAGAGAGCUGUCAAGAAGUGAAAUCAUCCAGUCAUAUCUUAGCCAGCAAAGCAACGUGCUAACAUCAUCAGGCGCCCACACCCCUGGUGCACACUUUUUCAUGACAGAGUUCUUGAAAAAAGAGGAACACCAAAAUAAAGAUGCCAAGAAAACCCACACGUUGGCACCAGAACUCCCAGCCAGGGAUUUACCAGGGGUUAGCAGAGAGGUCAUCAAUGAAGACCUGAACAGAUUACACACACAACACUGGUCCGGGGUGAACGGUUGUUAUGACACAAAGGGGACUUGGUAUGACUGGACGGAGUGCAUCUCCUUAGACCCACAUGGAGAUGAGAGCAGGUUGAACAUACUGCCAUAUGUGUGUCUGGAUUGAAAGUUGCAAGCUGCCUUUGUCUUACAUCGGAGCAACUCUGCAUGUGUGGAGGCACUUCAUUUAAGUGUAAGCUGCUGUUAUGCACCAUAGGUGAAAGUGGAGUCAAUGUGCUGCCUCCUUGGGUGUAAGUGUGCAUGGAGUACAGGGGUGUAAUCUGUGUUUUUAUCAGGUUUGCGUGGGGACAGCGCGAAGGAAAAGGAAAAUGGCUAUGCAUUAUCUGACCAUUUAGUUGUUGUGUUCAGUAAGUGUACAGAUUAAUUUUCCAAUACCUGCCAUUCUUUGUAUGGGAGAUGACAUCAAAUUAAACUGCACAGCUACAUUUAAUUUGUCUUAUGUUAUUAUCAUGCCUCGUGGAAUGUGACUUUACUGAAACUUUCUUUAUGUUUUAAAAAAAACUGACCCUAUCAACUUUUCAAUAAAGGAGCAGUAAACUACAUAAGUGGAGAAGACAUCAAACAGAUAAAUCUACCAAUGAGGUUGUUGCUCAUGCAUCUUAACAAGCCUGUUUAGCUGCAAAAGCUAAAUAAUCGUCUGAACUGGAGCUUCAUUGACUGACACCACAGAUGUCUUUUUAUUCUGCUAGGGUGUCUGCUCUGGGGUUAUGGUUAGAUCUAAGGUAGCUGUUGGAUUUUCCAGCCCCAUUUGGGUCUCAGGUAUCAACUUGGGCUGGAGGCAGUCAGCUUCAACUGUCCUGGAAGUAGAUGUGCUGCUGUCAGUUUAGUCAGCCUUCUGAGUAUUGGAUGGACAAGGAUUACUCUUUGCCUGGGCUUGCAGUGCAUCGAAAAUCAUGGCGACAAGGUACCACCCGCUCCUCUCAGUGGGAAGAGUAAGAGUGCGUUAGCAGAGCCAUCGACAAACUGGACAGUGGCAAGGACGCCGUUCAACCGUACAUCUUCAAGUAGCUCAUUACCAUUGGUAUUAACAACUAUGAACUUUUUGUGCUGUGAACAUUUAUCGAUGCACAUUUUUAGAACAGCGGUUCCCCCCCACUGCACAACCGUCUUGUGGCAAUUUUUUUUUGCUUUUUUUUUUUUUAAAGCAGAAAGAAUAACUGAGAAAUCACUAUUAAAACAUUUGAAUAUUUUUCUUGUGUUGUGAGGUUUGAAUACUGUAAAGUGACAUGAAACUGCCAGAUGUGACCAUGCAGUUUGAGGUGAGAGUAAGAAAGGCUUGUAUUGGGCUAGAACAAUACACACUGAUAGAGAAAUGUGGAUGUCAUGUAUGAUAUUUAUUAUAUUUACAGAUUCAUUUGAGAUUUAUAUACAUGUUCAAACUACACUAAAUCAUUUUUUAUUAAUUUCUUUAUUCAGAAUUGGUUCAGUGAUGCAGCAGUGAUUUUUUUCCAAAUGGUUCCUGCUGACACACCAACCUACCUUUACACAGGAAACUAUCCAAAAGGACACAUUUUGAUAAUGUGAACUAAUUUUAUUUUGUACUUGCCUUUUCCCUUUACUGUGUAUUUAGGUUGUAAAAUAUUAAUUCAAAUGGCAGAGCCGAUUAUGCUACUAGCUUGCAUCUUUGUACUGUCAGGAAGAAUAUAAAUUGACAUGCUGGAUAAAGUACUUAAUAUCAUUCCUUUUAGAUAUUGUUUGCCUUAUGGAAACCUGUGUUUUCCCUAAAGACAGAGCCUUAGUGAAUGUACAGAAACGAACAUUUUGUGUUAAGUCAAAUGCAGAAGAGAACAUAUUUGCUACUUAGUCCUUUAUGUGGACAUGUUAUGUGUUAAUAAAAAAAACUGAAGGAA